CAAGAGGGCCACACCCCUCCCCAGGGCCUCGGGAUCACCAGCAGCAGCGCCAGCAACAGCGGACAAACUGCCAAUCACAAGGCACCUUGAGAAGUUCAGGAUGCAGGUGUCUCCGGUCUUUGCCUGCCUAGCCCUGGGCCUGGCCCUCAUCUUUGGCGAGGGGUCCGCCUCCCUCCACCGCCAGUCUCAGGCAGCUCACCUGGCCACAGACUUUGGCCUGAAGGUGUUCCGGCAGGUGGCCCAGGCCUCCGAGGACCGCAACGUGGCGUUCUCCCCCUAUGGGGUGGCGUCAGUGAUGGCCAUGCUGCAGCUGACAACAGCUGGAGAAACCCAGCGGCAGAUCCAGGCGGCGAUGGGAUUCAAGACCAAUGAGAAGGGCAUGGCGUCUGCCCUCCGUCAGCUGUACAAGGAACUCUUGGGGCCGUGGAACAAGGAUGAGAUCAGCACUGCCAAUGCCAUCUUUGUCCAGCGGGAUCUGGAGCUAGUCCCGGGCUUCAUGUCCCGCUUCUUCAGGCUGUUCCACACCACAGUCAAGCAGGUGGACUUUUCAGAGGUGGAGAGAGCCAGGUUCAUCGUCAAUGACUGGGUGAAGAAACACACAAAAGGCAUGAUCACUGACUUACUUGGAGAAGGGACUGUGGACCAGCUGACACAUCUGGUGCUAGUAAAUGCCCUCUACUUCAAUGGCCAGUGGAAGACACCCUUCCCCAAGAAGGCCACCCACGAACGCCUCUUCUACAAGUCCGAUGGCAGCACCAUCUCUGUGCCCAUGAUGGCUCAAACCAGCAAGUUCAACUACACUGAGUUCACUACCCCCGAUGGCCAUUACUACGACAUCCUGGAACUGCCCUACCACGGGGACACCAUCAGCAUGUUCAUCGCGGCUCCCUAUGAGAAAGAAGUGCCUCUUUCUGCCCUCACCAGCAUCCUGGAUGCCCAGCUCAUCAGCCACUGGAAAGGGAAUAUGACCAGACUCCCACGCCUCCUGGUUCUGCCCAAAUUCUCUCUGAAGAGUGAAAUUGACCUCAGGGGCCCCCUGGAGAACUUGGGGAUGACUGACAUGUUUAAUGCAAACCAGGCGGACUUCACAAGUCUGUCAGAUCAAGAGCAACUCUACUUAUCACAGGCGUUGCAGAAAGUCAAGAUCAAGGUGAACGAGAGUGGCACAGUGGCCUCCUCCUCCACAGCUCUCAUAGUCUCAGCCCGAAUGGCCCCCGAGGAGAUCAUCAUGGACAGACCCUUCCUGUUUGUGGUGCGGCACAACCCCACAGGAACAGUCCUUUUCAUGGGCCAAGUGAUGGAGCCCUGACAGUGGAAACCAAACAGGCCUCAUCUGGGACAGAACUGGAGAAGGAUCAGAGAAGCAACUCUGGAUAGAGGAAUUCUGAAUUUUGAUGAAACUUUUUGAAGGAAGAAAAGACAAUUGCCUUUUUUUUCUUACUGGUAAAUCUUUCAAAUCUGCCUUCUGGACCUGAGCCUCUCAGGAGAGUGAGUGGGAAAGAAGACCUUGGAGUUAAAUCCCGAGGGGUGACUCGGGGUGAGAUCUCCAACACCCAGCUCCCUGAGGGCGCCAGCCCAGACCGUAAUGCUCACAGAGCCGGGUGCACAGCUGCUCAUGCUUGUGGCUCUGCCCACUCGGGCCUCAGACCCGGAUCCCACUGAGACCCUGGCAGGAGGGCACGGCGAGGCUUACAGGAGCUUUUGUGUGCUUGGUAGAAAUGAUUUGUGUUCCAGUCACGUUGCUAUCAUUCCUGCACUGUCUGCCACUGCUGAGGAGGCUGGCGGCAGGCCAGAGGCCAAAGGAAGAAGCACCCUUUCAUUUCAAGGUCCAUCCUUCCGGGGUCAGAGGUGCUAUGGGUUGGCCGAGCAAUUACCCAGUCAGAGACCCACCGUGGCCUGGUCCCAGGAAGUGUGCACCUGUUAUUUUGGAGUGUAGGUGACUUGUUUACUCAUAGAAGCAGAUUUUUGCUUCCCACAAACUUUGUAGGACUAGAGGAAGAAAGGUGAGCUCUUGGCUCCAAGCCUGUGGGGGGGAUGGAUGCCGAGGGUAUGCUUGAAUAUUUAUCUACAUCCUUGUCCUUGUGUGUCUGUUAGAGAGAAAGAGGAUUAUCAAGAAAAAUGUAUUAUUUAAGCCUGCUUAUCGAGCUCCUUUGUAGUCUGUGUUAUUGCAUCACAGGAGUCUGCCCGUGGGACUGUCAUACCCUCCUGGGCGACAAGCAUGGUGGGGCCCACACUGCCACCUCGUGGCUGCCCGAACCCCCUCAUUCUUUCCACUCCUUGCCUUUACACUGGAUAGAUUAGGACUCGGCCAAGGUUUCCAACUUCAGCCCACUUUAGGGGCCACAAGGAGGUGGUGGGUGAGAAGGACCAGAGCGAGAACAGAGUGAUUUCAAAAUUUUCCAAUAUAUUUAGGAGCAGGCGUGCAAGGGGCUGCACGACCUAGCAGGACAGAACUUUCCCCAAUUACAGGGUGACUCACAGCCGCAUUGGUGACUCACUUCAAUGUGUCAUUUCCGGCUGCUGUAUGUGAGCAGUGGACACGUGAGAGAGAAUGAAAAAGAGAAAGAAAACUCAGGCUCAACUAUCUUAGUUAGAUAACCUUCCUGAAACCCAGCUAGUGAGGGGGGAAUGGCAUGAAGACCAGUUUCCUGAAGCGUCACAGAGUUGUCGAAUGAAUGUAAUCCAACCCAACCCUAACCACCCCACCAUGCUCGUCAGUGAAAAGUCCUUGUUCUUGUUUUUUUCUUUUUUUCUGUUUUCAUCAUGCACUGGACAGUGGCAGUCACAUACAGUACUCACAAGGAUUCCCAAAUGUGGGGUCCAACCUUCUUGAAAUUGUGUUACAUGGUAUGCUUAUGCUUUUCACUUUGGAUAUGUAAACAAGUGAUAAUG